ACUCCACCAACUACGCCUGAAGUCUCAGGCUUGAUCAUAUCAACCAGAAGCCGAACAAGAAUUGCUCUUGUAUCACUGUGUGAGCACAAGUUCAAAAGAAGUCUCUGCAGUAGACCUUUCCCCAGAGGCUACAAGCAAAAAGUAGGCAAAAUAUUAAGUUCCAUACAGCACAUGGAUAUUCAGAAUAUUAGAUUUCUAAACGGAAAGAUUCUCUGCAACAUAAGCUGCCCUCCGCCCGAUAGAGACUCCAACACCCCUAUCCAUAGCCGUUUGCCUGUCAAAACCCAAUCUAUUUGCUCUGUUCAGUCUCUGGUUACCUCCAAACAAGCUGCGGGCAUGAUAAUGGCUCAUUGCUCUGUCUCGGAGCAUUUGUGCUUCAGCAAAUUGCUGAGCAAUCCUUUGCGCUCGCUGUUGAGCAAGAACUUCAGCUUGAAUAUCAGGAGGAAGAGCGGCCAAAAAUUCAGGAUCAAUGUCUUCUUCAACUCUAGGAGAGAGCACACUAUCCGGAGCAACAGAACCCAAAUAUGUCUCCAGAUCCUGUCCCCCAACAUUAUGCACAUCCCCUGUUUCCAUUCUAUCAUCACCAACAUCACUACGAAUAUCUUGCGCUUCUUGUUGGCCUUCCCUUCCAGACAAGACCUCUCGAUUGACUUCAUCUGGUUGAGCACCUUCGUCAAUGCUGCUAAUAUGCCUGAGCAAUUACAGCAGCUUGACCAUCACCUUGUGGCUGGCCAUCAUCAGACCACCGGCCAUCACCUGGCCGCCCUCUUCGACUCGAUCCACGCAAUGACUCUAAACCAACAGAAAAAUCAGCUAGUUGUUGCGGGCCAGAACCACCAAAUAGAUUGGUUGCACUAUCAUAUGGAAGAACAGGAGCAUCAAACAUGUAAAACUGAGCGAGAUCAUGGUUACCGGCAGAAAGGCCUUCUGAAUCGCGGGAGUUUCCAGCAGAAGUCGAACCUAUAUCACCAGAAUUCAAUGGCCUUGAAAGGAGAGGAUGUUGAAGGCCAUUUCCAUCUGCAACAGACCGCUCUUUGGCGACGGCGCUCAAAGCCAAAAGUUCUACGGAUUCCAAAGAAGUCGUCGACAUUCACUCCUUCGAAAGCUUCUGCAGAGACAUCAAUCAAACCUCCCCCUGCUCCAGGUUGUCCAAGGACCUGCAAAUGGUCUAAACCAUCAAGAGCUUCUCUCCACCUCACCUCAAUUACAUUAUUUUCAUGGAAGUCGUCAUCCUCUUCAUCAACCAUUUCAUCGUUGUAUUCAUCACCCAACCCAGCAUCAUCAUGGUCCUCAAUGUCAGUAUCAGCCAAUGACAUUAAGCCAGUGCCUUCCCCUAUAGCAUCAUCUUCAUCCUCAGCAUCAUCAUCAUCCUCACCAUCAUCACCCAUGCCAUCCUCUUCCUCAUUCAUAUCAUCAUCUACUCUGGUGAACACCCAGAACCCGGUAGGUUUCCGGAUGAAGAAUUCUUCGAUAAAAUGGAAUAUACCAGAUCAACAUAGGCAAGAACUUUCUUAUCAGCCAAUACAACCAGAAACCACGAAGCUUUUUCAGCAAGCUUGUCUCUCCACUCAUCAGGGCCAGCAGAUUUAUCCAUUGACAGGGGAAGAAGACAAUGUAACAAAUGGUGGACUACGCCACCCUGUCCAGGACUUUCAAAAUUACUGGACCCACGCUGUUGACACAUUUCCAGGUCCCGUUGGUUCAUCUACCUCCAUGGCACUUGGAUGGCCUCCACAAUCAUCAUCCACAUUGACUGAAGGACAGCACUACCAUGGUCCUUCCUCCUACAGACUCCACCUGACACACAGCAACUCCAGAUUUCAUAAAGACCCCUGGAUCUCUGGAUAUAACGGAAAUGUUUUCGCCGAUAUUCUUCCAUUGUACCUACUACCACUCAGUGUUUGUCGUAUCUCAACUUCCAUAGCUGAUUGCAAUAUGCUAAAGUGUCAUACCCAGGAAAGAAGCAACUCAUUGGAAGGCCAAAAAGGGCAACCAAGCCUCCGUUUUCAAGGAAUUGCAGAGCCAGAGCGUGUGAUUUUGUCAAGCGUGCACACAACUGAAGAGCAGCCUGCA